AUGUCUGCCACAAGUACAACGAGUAUAGACAAGGGGCCAAGAACCGACUCGUCACCGUCCAAAAACGAAGAAGAAUUUAUCACCGGCCUGACUCUACUCAGUGUGUUGGUGUCGAUAGUCCUCGUCGUUUUUCUGUUGAUGCUCGAUACAUCUAUUGUAUCCACCGCAAUUCCAAGGAUCACAACCCGGUUCCACUCUCUUGAGGACGUUGGCUGGUACGGGUCUGCAUAUUUGCUCGCCAACUGUGCUGUGCAGCCCCUUACGGGCAAAAUCUACAGAGAAUUCAGCUACAAGUGGACCUUCCUUUGCUUCUUCGGUGUCUUUGAGCUCGGAUCCUUGCUAUGUGGUGCCGCCACUUCUUCGAAUAUGUUCAUUGUCGGAAGAGCAGUAGCUGGUCUAGGAGGUGCUGGCUUGAUUAAUGGUGCGCUCUCAAUCCUUGCUGCUGCUGUUCCCCUUGAGAAAAGACCUCUUUACAUGGGCUUCAUAAUGGCCAUCAAUCAGCUCGGUAUCCUGUUCGGACCCUUGAUUGGCGGUGCUCUCACCCAGUACGCAACCUGGAGAUGGUGUUUUUACAUCAACCUCCCUGUUGGUGCUGUUGUCGCAGUCGUUCUCUGCUUCACUCCUGUUCCAGCUGGACCUGAAAAGACCGAAAGCAAGAAGUUCAUCAUCGGUGCAUUCCUCCGCUCCCUAGACCUUAUUGGCUUCGCGCUGUUCGCACCUGCAAUCAUCCAGCUCCUACUAGCACUCGAAUGGGGUGGCACUAAGUUUUCCUGGAACAGCUCAACCGUCGUUGGUCUUUUCUGUGGCGGUGCUGCAACUACUCUAGUGUUCUUGGUCUGGGAAUACUUCAAGGGUGACGAUGCUAUGGUCCCUUUCUCGAUGGUCCGGAGACGCAUAUUCUGGUCUAGUUGUCUGACCGUCUUCUUCACAUUCGCUUCUCUGCUGUUACUUAAUUUCUUCCUUCCACAAUACUUUCAAGCCGUACGAGGUUCUUCACCAACAAUGAGUGGUGUGGAUCUAUUGCCCAGCGUCAUCAGUCAAAUGAUCUUCGUCAUCGUUUCUGGAGUCUUGGUCAGAAAAGUCGGAUAUUACCUGCCUUUCUCGAUUGCAUGCGGCAUACUCACUGCCAUUUCAAGCGGCCUCUUGAGCAUGCUCGACCCUCAAACCUCCACAGGCGAAUGGAUCGGCUAUCAAAUACUUGGUGGCGUCGGACGCGGUUGUGGCAUCCAGAUGCCCAUCAUCGCCGUUCAAAACCUGCUGCCCAAGUCACAGGCAUCAGUCGCCAUGUCACUGCUCAUCUUCUCGCAGACGUUUGGCGGAGCCAUCUUCCUUGCUUUGGCACAAACUGUUUUUAACACUGGACUCUCUUCAGCACUGAAACAGUACGCACCCGAAGUUGCUGCCGAGACUGUUCUUGCGGCCGGUGCUACCGGAGUGAGAAGCGCUGUGUCCAAGGCUGUAUUACCUCAGGUACUGCAGGCUUAUAACAUGGCCAUCAAUCACGUUUUCUAUCUUGGCGCUGGUGCAGCUGCAGGAGCUACAGUCGCUUGCUUGGGCAUGGGUAUGCAUAGCAUCAAGAAGGCUCAGGCCGCCCAGGCGGACCAGACAGCUGCUGCGAAAUCGGAGAAAGCUGGAAAAGAAACUGUUUGA